AUGGAGGAUGACAGUCAGCCGCUUGACCUAACCCAGUGGGACUACGACGACCUCGACUUUCGCACGCCUCAACUGUCAGGCAUCAACAGCCGUGGCGUAAGCUUCGUCGCUAGCCCAAGCCCAUCGCCGAGCGGCCAGAGGCCCAGAUUGCCUCUGCUUCAGCUAGAUGACUGGGAUCCUAACGACACAUAUGACGAAUCUCCUCCUACGUGUGUCCAUUACUCAAUCGAGUGGAAGCUGCAACUGCGCAAGGGAAGGCUUUCCAAGCUCACAAAUGACACAGAACAAGAUCUUGUCCUAGCGCCUGGCGCUCUCUGGGACAAUAUUCUCGAGGCCAGGGUAGAUAAGCUACUAAUGCAGAAAACUCCACGAGGCAAAAAGUAUGUACCUGAGGAGACCAUUAUUAUCGUCUCUGUGACCGAUCGCAGCGAGCGAGACGUUACGAAGCGAUUCGACGAGUUCAACAUCGACUGGAAAAUGGCUGAAGAGCAGCUUUCUAAGUGGAGUCAUCUUUUUCGUGCAGGAAAGAAGCUCAGGAUUGACAUCUCGUUCAUCUGCAAGGAAGAGCAUCAGGGCUCUAGGGUAAUGCAACAACAGGGUGGUGGCCGCGGUAGCGCCACCGCUCGGCAGCUGGCUCAGAGGGACCAGCUACUGGAGACACAGGAGGCUGCGGGCCAGCCGCGUGUCUGGAAAGACGUGUAUAAUCUCAUGCGAUGCAGCGGAAACUUAUGUCCAGGCUCGUACUGCUACGUUGAUAAGCAAAGAAAGCAUAUGGGACUCAACACGAGCAUUUUAACCAAGAUGGUUGAGUAUGCUGAACAAGGUAACGAGCUAAGGACGCACAGAGAUAUGCCACCCUAUAUCCUCGACAUAAUCUACGAGAAGGAAAGACUAGACGGUGAGCGGAGAGUAAAACGGAAAGCGCCAAGCUCAGAGAGUGAUCGCCCAAUCAAGAUUGUAAAUGUCAUGCUAUCACCCUAUGGACAUCCUGCUGCAGAAGGGUAUACCCCGCCAUCAUCUAAUUUAGGGUGCAUUUUACCAUCAGUAGUGGACCUGACAGAUCUGGUGAUCCCGAAAUCGAUCGACAGGGCUGUAGAUGACUACACUGAAUGGCUUUGCGACAAGGUCGAAGAUGAACGUUGGAAAACAGGCUUUCGCAGCGCGGGUAGUAUCACAAAGGCUGACUGUCUCGACUUGAGGCACGUCUAUCAAGAUCGGAACAUUGGAUAUUACGUUGACCAAGGCGUGAAAGCGGGCAUUGCCAGGUCGUUCGUUCAGGACAUCAAGAUGUGGGCAGACAGUUUGUGA